AUGGCAGAGUCUUUCAGCCGUUCUUUUUCAGACCUUGAUGACCUCGAUGAGGCAGCAAAGGCGAAGGAAAGGCUAUCUGAUGCCCGAGUCAUACAGGUUUCUGUCUAUAGAGGGCAACUUUUUAUCCCCAAUCCGGACGCCGCAGAGACGGUUCUGCUUACACCCACAGCCACAAAUAUUGUCUUCUCCCAAAAGCCCCGAGUCUUCUCGCAAGAUUCAAACGAGGCAGUCAUUAUUAAACGCCGUAACAAUGAAUAUGCAUCUGCUUGUGCACGAUACGAGGAUUCUACCACAACGUGUGAAGCAGGGGUCCAAACGGUUCCCCCUUUCCUCAAAUCCAAGCUCACUACAACCGCUCUUGUAACCCACACAGAUUGUGCGGUGGAGGCGGCUUUCACAGACAUUUAUGAUACCAUCGUUCAAGGUGUAGACGAAGACCUGAACAAUCUGCAGCAGUCAACCCUCAAUUUGGGUGAUGAACGUGCUGACGACUUUACCGCAGAAUCUGCUCGUCGAACAGAAAGGCGCACAGGAAAUAUGCAGGAAGAUGAUAAGUUAUCAGAUGCGGGGACUGUCUACACUAACGAUGACACCGUCUCAGAUGCAGGAACGGCAUACACCGCCGCAACUCAAGAAACCGCAACCAACUCAAUGCACUCCUCCAUCCAAACAGACCGGGGAAUGGACGACCGUCUCCGUCAGAAGAAGAUAGCCCAGAUUGCAGACAAGGUCUUCAACGAUGCUGGCUUCAAGAGAGCGAUACAUCUGGCUGAGCUUCUCUGCUUACAAAACCCAUUAUUCCCAUGGGUAAGCCUGUACAGAGCGGCAGAUGUCGUUUAUAACCCCACAAUUAACUAUCAGAAUCGCCUUCGUGCAGAGUUUUCUGUGGAGGGUAUUGACCAGGACAAUAGCAAUGAGUUGUCUGAAGGUUCAGAGGCCUCCACUAGUGCGGAGAGUUCCCAGGGAUGGGAGAAAAAGCAGCUAAAGCGAGACGAUAGCAUUGAUGAUGAGGAAGACAGAGAUGAGAAAAAGCCCAAUGCUGUAUCACCAGAGUCACGGCUCCGGACAGAGCAUCUGUGGACAUACCGCGCUGAUGUCCUUCGAGGGAUGAGUGCAGUUUGUUGCGAGUUUUGCCCGGCAGACGAGCGGCUGCUAAUAGUUGGCUACGCUGGUUCUGGCCUUGAUGAGAACUAUGGCGCGAUAGUUCUUUGGAUUCCAGAGAACCCCUUUUAUCCAAAUCGUAUACUUUAUACUAGAAGUGAGCCGACAGCCGUCUCCUGGUAUCCCCUCGGUAAAUCAAUUAUCGCUGUAGGCUUCACUGAUGGAGCCGUCAGCCUCUUCGACCUUAGGGAAGAGGUGGUCCAGCUCGACAGUGCAGGGUUUGUUAUGCCUCUUUUGACGUCUACUAGCGCGAACGGAAAGCACACAUCGCGAGUGUGGGAUGUUAUCUGGGCCAGCACAAAUGGUGGUGGAGGUGCAGGGAUGUCCCUGAAUAGAGAAGUGGAUGGAGACGAUGGUGAAAAGGGAUCAGGACUUCCAGACUAUGAUAUCUUGCUAUCCGCAGCUGCAGAUGGUCGGAUUGUGGAGCGCAGUCUUAAGAGGAGUUUUGAGCAUCGAGAUAUCUUAACGCUUACCUCUGUUGGGCACCAUCCAGUGGCCACGAAGGUGGACCAGAAGUCUAAGGCCGACACGCGGAUGACCAUUGUAAGAAAGAUAAGCUCUGCGCUCAGCAGCUGUUUCUUAAGUGAUGGAACAAACUACCUUGUCUCAGGCGACGACGGCGUGAUCCGCAAGGCAUCCAGAGCAUACACAGAGCAAACCCUCAUGAAUUACUCGGGCCAUCUGUCAUCUAUCUAUAAGGUUCAGGCAAACCCUACUGCCCCCACCAUCUUCUUAUCUGCAUCGGCAGAUAGGUCAAUCAAAAUUUGGCACGUAGACUCCCCUACGGCUCUUUUGACGCUUAAAUCAACGGCCGGCGACCAUGUGUAUACCGCCGUCUGGUGCCCCUUCAAAUCUACGUGCUUAAUAAGUGGUACACGUGCAGGCUCAGUGGAAAUUUGGGAUAUCGCAGACACCUCAGUUGCCCCUGUUUUAGUGUUGGAUCCAAUCGUUGCACUAGACACACAGCAGCGGAGCAACCUUGAGGAGGAAUCGACAGAACUGGAUUCAGAUAACAGCGCAGUGGGUGACGCGGACCCCAAUGCAGCCAGGACCAUCUCCGUCCGCGCUAUCUCAUGCAACAAACAUGUGCCAGUGUUUGCAGUGUGCUACGAAAACGGAGAUGUGUACAUACACAGAAUCCACGGGAUUGAGGACAAUCUUAUCCUGAGUAGAGUUCAACCCACCGCGUUCCAAGAAACGGAAUCAGAUCGAAUCCUGACUAUCUUGGACGAUCAUCAGGAGAACGCAGACUGA